GGGGGCGACUCGGCACACGCCUCGCAGCUCCGCACUUCAAAUGUCAUGUGCAGUUUUUCAGCCUCUUUGAGAAUGGCAGCUUGGUGUGAAAAGUUGCUGUAGCGGACCGUGCCGUGGGCGGGAAUGCGUCACCGGAGCCUUUGGAAAGGUCAAUGAGUGACGGUCUGUUCACCGCAGAAGAGAUGUCCUGGACUCUGUCUGACUGGAAGGCUCCCCUGCUCUUCAUCCUGCUGUGGGGCGUCAUCAGGGCCGUGGAUCUGAAAUCCACCAGAUGGCCUCUUUAUUCCCAAAAACCUCUGCUGCUCGCCUGGAAUGCCCCGACUGAGGACUGUGCCCCUCGGCAUGGUGUUCGCUUCCAGCUGGAGCAGUUCCAGAUUGUGGCUUCGCCCAAUGAAGGCUUUGUUCGACAGAACCUGACCAUCUUUUAUAAGGACCGUUUGGGCCUGUACCCGUAUUAUGAGGAUGAUGGGAUGCCGGUGAACGGGGGCCUUCCGCAGGUCUCCAGCCUCAGCAAUCACCUGGACAAGAUGCCUGAAGGUGUCACCAAGUACAUACGAGAAGGUGCGAAGGGCCUUGCUGUCAUCGAUUGGGAGGAAUGGCGUCCGUCCUGGGUACGAAACUGGCAAACUAAAAUGAUUUACCGUAAAAAUUCGGCCGAGCUGGUCCAGCAGAAGAACCCAACAUGGCCUCGGAAUCAGGUCGAGAGAGUGGCCACGCAGGAGUUUGAGCUGUCGGCUAAAAAGUUCAUGCUCGAGACCCUUAAAUAUGCCAAAAGCCUGCGGCCCAACCAGCUGUGGGGGUUCUACCUGUUCCCCGACUGCUACAACCACGACUACACGCGGACCCUGGAGAAUUACACCGGCCGCUGCCCUGACGUGGAGCGGACUCGCAACAAUCAACUCAAGUGGCUGUGGACUGAGAGCACGGCGCUGUUUCCGUCCAUCUACAUGGCCACGGUGCUGCGCUCCUCCACUUCCGGCCGCCACUUUGUCAGGAACCGGGUGAAGGAGGGGAUGCGCCUGGCUUCGUACGGGGACGGCCUGGCACGUCCUGUCUUUGUCUACACCCGACCCACCUAUUCCAACUCCAUGGAACUUCUGACCGAGAUGGACCUGGUCUCCACCAUCGGGGAGAGCGUGGCCCUGGGCGCAGCAGGGAUCAUCCUGUGGGGAGACGCUCAGUAUGCGAGCAACAAAACCAGCUGCUCCGACCUGGACUCGUAUCUAAGAGGUCCGCUGGGCAAAUAUCUCCUGAAUGUCUCCACGGCUGCGGAGCUGUGCAGCCAGACGCUGUGUGCCUCUCACGGACGGUGUCUACGCAGAAACCCGGACGCUGACGUUUACCUGCACCUGAGCCCACUCACCCACAGCAUCACCAGCCAGCAGGGCAAGUUGACAGUCAGCGGUCAGCUGGGCGCCGCGGAGCCCUCCAGAUUUCAGGCUGAGUUUCAGUGCCAGUGCUACAGCGGGUAUGAGGGCAAGGCCUGCGAUCAGGCCACCGUCCUCCAACAGAAGGGGGCCGGGUGUCAAUGCAGAGCCUCAAAGCUCAUCUUGUUCUUGCUGGCUCUGUGUGUUUUUGUGUCACAGGUCAGCUCCACAGGAGGCGUAGUAGUAUGAAGC